ACCGCCGAAAUGGCGACUAAACUGAGACCUCUCGACCCCCAACUGGCAGCUUUGGCCAAGACCGAGUGCAACGAGGAGCAAGCACAGCGGGCGGAGAUCGUAGCCACCAUCCAGACAUGGAUUACCAAGUCCCCACACCUGAAGGCUCCCACAGAUGAGCGGUUGAUCCUGGCAUUCCUACGUCGCUGCCGCUUCAGCCAGGAGGAGGCCAAGAAACGUUUCGACAAUUACUAUUCCCUUCGUGCCGUGUUCCCCGAGGUAUUGGGAUGCAGGCAGGUGGACGAAGCCCUGCUAGCACAGCUCCUGAGAAGCAUCCAUGUGAUACCCUCAAGACCUGUCAGUCCCCAAGGAGCGAGGGUGAUCAUAUCCCAGUUCCGGAAUAUUGAUCCCAAGAAGUCCAGUCCCCGAGAGGCCUUCAAAUUAGUGUUCAUAUUGCUCGAAAUUCUUGCUUUGGAGUGCGACAAUGCCUCGAUUUCCGGUCUGAUUUGGGUGGUGGACUGUCGGGAUGUGACCAUGGAACAAAUGAUGCAGUACGAUCCUUUCCUGCUCAAGAAGGCAUUUGCUUUGGUGGAGCAAUGUUUGCCGUUGAAAUUUGUGGAGAUUCAUAUGAUCAAUAUGCGGAAAGAAGGACAAAGUAUAUUCAAUUUUGUGACCAAGUUCUUGCCCUCCAAGCUGCCAUUUAAGUUUGUUAUCCACAAAAAAUCCGAGGAGCUGUACGACCAUCUGCCCCGAGAAGCCAUGACCAUCGAGUAUGGAGGCACCAAUGGCUACCAGGCAGAGGCCAUCGAUUUUUGGCGCCAAAAGCUGCAGGAGUACAAGGACUAUCUGGCCAAGGAUGCCCAGUACGGAACCAAUGAAAAACUUCGUGUGGGAUUGGCCAGUGCCUGGGCCAACGGAGAACUGGACGGAAUGAGUGGAUCCUUCCGCAAACUGGAGCUGGACUAAAUUAAAGACUCUUUUCAUUUCGAUUACCAUUUAAUUAAGUGCUAAUGCUAUAAAAAUAAUUUAAGGCCUAUUUCGGGUCACUGGGUAUCUCGUGUAUCCUCUUAACAAUA